AUGAAGUAUAUUCACAUGGAGCAGGGGGCUUUAGCCUAUGCUGAGUGGCUUGAUUUAUUUCAAUACUUUGAUGUCCGACACUUCCCUAUAUAUUGCUCUGAUCAUGCGCCGAUACUGUUGCGUACCACCAAGCCACAAGCAGAUGGGUGUGAUGCUAAGUUGUUUCGUACCUCUAAACUGACCUCUUGGGCCGAGUCUACUUUUGGUGCUCUGAAAGCUAGGAUAAAAGAAUCAGAAAGGAAGCUGAGGGCGACACAACGAUGCCCUCUAGAUCUGAAUAUGAGGAACAAUUACAGAGUGCUUUCAAAUGAGCUGGAUGAGCUACAUAGGAUGGAGGAAUCUUACUGGUAUAUGAGAUCGAGGGCAAAUGAAUUUAUAGAUGGUGAUAAAAAUUCUAAGCACUUCCACCACAAAGCUUGCUCAAGAAGAUGUCGAAAUUUGAUCAAGGGUUUAAACGAUGAGAAUGGGUGCUGGAAAACUAGUAAGUCGGACAUUGAACGGCUUAUCACUGCGUACUAUGAGAGCUUAUUCUCCACUAGCUCCCCCUCGGGUUUUGAUAAUGCAGUGGAUGGUUUGGGAGCAAUUGUGACCGCUGAUAUGAAUGACUUCCUGGAUACGGAACCUACGACGGAGGAAAUUCGUUCAGCUACCUUCCAAAUGCACCGUACAAAGGCCCCAGGUAUCGAUGGCUUUCAUGCUCUUUUUUAUCAAAAUUUUGGGAUAUUGUUGGUGAUGAUGUGGUUUGUCUUGUUAAACGAUGGUGGCGAGGUUUAUUCGAUAGGAAGUGUAUUAAUCAAACAUGUGUCUCCCUCUUCCCGAAGUGCAAGGAACCAAAAUCACUUAAAGAUUUUAGACUUAUUAGUUGCUGCAAUGUGA